AUGUCAUCGACAACAGCACAAGCCAUCUUAAAUGUCGUUCAUCAUUAUAUCAUAUACGCGUUUUCGAUUAUUUUUAUAGCUGGACUUGUUGGUAAUAUUUGCAAUAUAGUCAUUUUUAUCAGUCUAAAGAUGUUUCGAAAAUGUCCUGGUGCAUACUAUAUUAUUGUUGAAUCUAUAUUUGAUCUCAGCUUUUCAAUCGUUGGCUCAGCCUUACGAGCUAGUGAGGAAAUAUUUAACUUGGACUCAGAUCGAAUAAGACUUUUAUGGUGUAAGUUAAGAUUUCCAAUUGUUCAAUGGUGUACAUUGGUGUUCCUGUCUUUGGUUAAUUUUGCAGUGAUCGAUCAAUAUUUUUCUACGAAUUGUAAUCCUCUCAUGCGACAAUUAAGUACUAUUAAAUUAGCCAAAUAUCUGACUGCUAUGGCGAUUCUAACCUCGUUUUUCUACAUGAUUCCAUUUACCAUGUUUUAUGAUAUCAAAGUCACAUUUGGUUGCCUUCUCACGAACAUUAAUUUAGUUCGAUAUUAUUCAUUUUUUCAUUUACCUAUUCUGCAAGGAAUUUUACCGAUCCUUCUAGCAUCUACAUUCAGUAUAAUGGCUUAUCGUAAUGUUCGACGUAUUCGUCGACAACAAAUGAGUAAUACUCGACGACGACUUGAUCAACAGUUGACAGCUAUGAUUCUUGCUAGAAUGAUACUUUUUGUUGUUUGUCUUUUACCUUACACUGCAUUAUGUUUUUACGUUUUCAAUAUGCAGAGUCAUAAUAAUCAAACACUUCGAAGUGCAAUUGAGGUUCUCAUCUUAGCCCUUGCCGUCGCCAUUAGCUAUCUCAAUAUUUCGGUAUGUCACUCUACUAGUUAUCGUGAUUCCUUUGAUCUCAUUCAUGUUUAUUAA